AUGAAGAUCCGUCUGUUACGGUCUUUUAUGCCCAACAACAUUCAUCCUAAAUGUCUUCACAGCGCGAGGAACAAUGCAGAGAGCGCGUGCAGCAGCUCCGUGUGAGGUAGGCACUUCAGGUGCCUGGGCCAUGUGAAGAUUUUUUUUCAUCUCACAGGGUCCUUCUAGCUCGUAUAAGUCGAACGGAUUCUUGCGCGCAAAUUUAUAAAAUGAAAUGCUGAAAGUGAAAUUUUUCCAAGGUGACACGAAUUAUCGAUGACGAUGCGAUUGACUGCUUUAU